UUUUAUCUAAAUUAUAAUAAUUUACAUUGCUCUCUAAUACUUUAAUUUUUACUGCGUUCAGCAGAAAAAGCAGCUUUGCAACAGUUGUACAAUUCUUCAACACAAUUAGUUUCGCCCUUAGUUUCUGUUGAUUCUAAAUGCAUAAAUCAAUCAUAUAAAAAAAUUUUACAACAGUCGUGAAGUUGCUUUUUCUGCUAAACGCAACAUAGACUUUUUAAAGUUUAUGUUAUUUUUUGAUAUUAGAAGUCAUGGUAAUUAAUGUACGAAUUUACUCUUAUUAUUAAUGGAUAUUGCUAUAAAAACAUCGCGAUAUCAUAUGACGAUUAUUUGAUGACAAAGUAGACAUUUACAUAUGAUUCUAUUGUGACAUUACUUUUCUAUGGAGGUAUUUAAAUAAUUUAUGUAGAGGUAAUCUUAAAUUUUAAAGCACGAUUCUGUUUCUAUGUAGGAAAGAACCAAAAAUUCGUCAAUAUUAUUUAUACAGGUUUUAUAGACAUUGACUAUCUAGUUCUGUGUCUACAUUUAUGGACAUAUAGAGACGCAUUUCAAAAUAAAAUCACAAUUAAAUUAUGGCCGUGGCCGCUCUUCGAUUUUUUUCUCGUUAGAGAUCCAAAAGAAACAGAGCUUUGCUUGAUUGGAGGUUUUAUGUUCGAUUAAUAAUUCUUAGUAGGUUCCCUCAUAUUUAAACAUCACUAGCAAAAGUUCUCGUUCCUUCUUGCUGAGUUUCUACAGCGUUUAAACAACGUUCCGACGAUUAAACAUUUUUUAAUAAUUUUUGUAUGCCCGAAAUCAGCACGACACUUAAGUAAAAGAUGUCGAGCUGAAUAUUUCUGAUAAUUCUACCGACAUUUCUCGCUGUUUAUAAUUACGUAACCAGUAACAGAAAAUCAUCGGAAGUUGCUCGAUAUUACAAUAACGCACGCAAAAAUCUGUUGUAUUAAUUUUUAUUAAAAAAUUUAGCCACAAAACUCUGCGUCUAUUUUCUGCGAGAGAAACUUUCUCGUUUCCGUGCUCUUUCGCCCGAUGUACAAAGCGAUCCGGGAAUCGCUCGACGAAAAUUUGUCGCGAUAUUUCGAGUAUAAACAGACCUUUGUUACGUGGUAUCUUAAACGGAAUUGCUUCCAGCGGAAUAGCUACCAUGAGGCAUAGGACUUUGUAACUGCUCUGUGUUCGAUAAGACAAUAUGUUCUUCACAAUGAACCGUUGCACAGGAAUAGGGUAUCUGUUAUAACGAUUCGGAUGUGGGGAGGACGAAACGUAAAGAGGGAAUUUGUAGGCGGAGCUGUAAAGACUUCGUCAGUGAAAUACAUGUGUAAUUACGAACGCUACAACCUUGAAAUUAUUGUAAUUUAUAUCGUCUCUUAGCAGUUUCUCUUAAUACUCGGAUGGUAUGUAUACUUUCGUCUGCGUUUAGAGAGAAAUCUAGAAAUUUAUUAGUAGUAGUAGUAGUGAGAAAGAGCAGGUGGCUCCUAAUGUCAUCUAGAUCUAAAGAAUUGUGACUGUAGAAAUUUUUAUUUACUACUAAAGAGUUAAGACUUUAGAUAAUUUUAUUAAUUUUACUAAACUAAUAAGAAAAAAAAAAUAAUACAAUUAAUUGCUACUUGAAUAGAUUUCGCAUAAAAAAUGAGAAUAAUAAUAACCUUUAAAUAUGAUUUUUUUUUAUUGAGACCAUAGCUUUAUUAAAAUUAAUUUAUAAUGUACAUUAAUUAAAAAUAAUUAUUUCUGUACUCCAUGGGUAAGAUAAAUUUCUCGAGAAAUUUCAAUACGGACCAAUUAAAAUUUUAUUAAUGAUCGAUUACCGCCGAUAACACAUUCGAGCAUAAUUAAUACAGGAAUUUCACAUCCGUUACGUUACUCAGAACGCAGAGAUGUUAAAGCUGAAAGCUUUCGACGUGAGAAAAACGGAGAAAACCGGACGCGUCUGUUCCAGUCGUUUUUCUAAUUCAUUAACUUUUCCAAAAUUUAAGGUCGCUUUCAAUUAGAGAGGAUAUUCUCGUUCAUGGUCUGCUCUUCUAGCGGCGGUCGAUCUUCUCUCGGUGCUGUACGUUGUGUGCGCGCGCGUGUGCUACAAAAGGAUGGCCAGAGGUCUAAUUGCAGCCAUCAGCGAAAGCCGGCGGACCGGAAGCGGGCGGAAACUUCGAGCAUUCUUCCCGGGGUCCUCCAUCGGAUCUCGUCGAGGCGCGUCGAGAGAAUUCCACGGGCGAUAGCCGCGCUUCGCGCCCGUUCCCCUUCGCAACCGAUCUCGCGCAAAGGCUUUGGUCCAUUUUUCAGUAUUAGGGGAAAGCGAUAGCCGCCGAGGCGAUCGGUAAUCGAUAUCCGCGGAGAACGCGGGAGCUCGUAAACUGACCAAACAACGAGACGUAUGAGGGAGGAAUGGGGGAGGGGGGGGGGCACGAUUGGUUUAGCUUCGUGGAGGGCGAGUACAGGUGUGCGAUUGGUUGAGCAGGUGAGCGAUUGGCUCGACCUAUCGGGCUUCCGUUUACCUCUCUCGUUCUGUCUUUGGCUUUUCUCCGGUCUAUUUGCGACAGGGAGCCGUAUAAAGCACGCGGAGCCGCGAGAACAGUCAGUUUUAUGAAACACGGGGGAUUUUUCGGGACAUUUGCUUUGUAUUGGCCUCACUAUAUUCCUUAUUUGCCACAGGCUUUCUUUCCUUUUCAACUUUGUCUCUAGAAUAUCUUGAAGAGAAUAUUUGUGCCAUUAGCAAGAAGUGCGUAAUAUACCGAAAUGUUAUUUUUGUCUUGGAAAUAAUCUCGGCUAUAAAAGGGUCCCUUUUGUUUCAAAGUCUGGCAUAGUUUCAUAGUUUCGUUGCUCUAAUUUUCACUUGGUGUAAAAUUUUUUGCGGUAUUGUGACCGCGCGCCAAGCUAUAGGGGAAACGCGACGCUCUUUUUUCAUGCAAUUCGUGUCGCUUUGUCGAUUAUUUUUUUGCCGCUCCUCCCCGAGGCGCAUCGCGCGAAUUUGCAGUUUUCGCGGGCGUUAACUCUCGUUGCGCUGUGCAAUUUAGCCUUUCAGCGACGUAUAAUCGCGUUAAAAGUCGAGCGCCAACUCGAGACGAGGCGGUAAUCGCCCGUUCUAUCCGAUAACGAGUUUCGUCUAACUUCACGACUGCGUAGCGGCGGAGAAAGAGAUCGACAAAAUAAAAGAGGCCGUCCGCGGAGACAGUAGGCAAAGGAUGGGAGAAGGAGAAGAUCGCGAAUGAAGUGUCGAAAGAAGUGCAAUUCCUUAUGUAUACACAGAGGCAAUAAUUAUUAUCACUAUAUCUUUGAAUAUCUUCGAAACUAUAUAAGAAGAAAGUAGAACUCGACAGAAAUUCUACGGUGCAGAAGCGAUUGUUUUAUAGUGGUAAUGUUUUUUUUUACGAAUAAUUUUGAAGAUGUAAAAGUCAUUUUGUUUUUGGAAAUAAAAUUAUAUGAUAAUGGAAUUAUAUUUUUUACGUAAUAACAUUUUUCUAAUUAUUUUGCAUAUAAAAGUAUAUAACAGUUAUAAAAAAGUUAAUAAUUAAUACAAUAUAUUUUAUAUUUUAUAUACUAACAAUAUUUUAUAUACUUACAAAUAAACUAUUAAAUAUAUUUGACGAUCGAUAUUAUAAUUGUGUUGAUCGUCUAACUUAAACAAAUCGUAUGUCUUUUAAUUUGAUAUAAAUAAUGCUUCUCAACAUUGACUUUUACUUUAAUUUAAGCUAAAUUUGAAGUGAAAAUCCGAAAUAGUUCUCGCGUGAAUAUGGAACGCGGUUAUUAUAUCAACGCAAGUGGCCCAUCUAGCGAACUUGAAUUUUGAACGUACGAAAGAUCGCUUCGAAACGCGCGCGCGUACGCGCGCAUGCGCGACCGUCGCGCCACCGUAGCUCAGUUCACGUCGCGCGGCGCGUCCGUACGUUCGGAGCCACCGAAAGAUCCAUCCCUCCCUUUACACGUACGGCGGAUAGAGCGAAGCGUGAGAGCGCGCGCGAAUAUUUAACGGUCGCGCGGAAGAAGAGUGUCCGGUGCAUCGCGCGUCGACGCGCAUCGUUGCUGCGAUUUCCACGUCCGUCCGUUCCGUUCGUGAUUUGCGGGAUUCGCGGAAUCGGAAAUGCGUUCUCUCUCGCUCGUCGAUUCGGCUGUGCCCGGCGAAGUUCGGCCGGUGCGGCAUCGCGAUGCCUACGUCACGCCGUAACGAUGCAUCCCGCGGACGGUCGAUAGCGUGUGUCGAUGCGUCGUUCGUAGCGUCGUGCGUGUACCGGGAAUGGAAGCGUGCCGGGCGUCCGUCGCACCGGGGCGACGUGCGCGGAGGAGUGAUUUCGGGUCGCUCUCUCGUCGUUACGGAUACCCGAGCUCUCGCGCGUCGAUCGUUUCGCGUCGAUUCGUGCCACGGCUCGGUUACGUUUUCGACUCGCCGGACCGACCGCCAUUUGUUGCCGGGCGCUUUGGCGCGCUGCGUCGCGCCGGUUCGGAGCGCGGGAGUUUACGCGCGAGUGACGAGAGUGAGCGUCGAGUGUAGAGAGAGUAUCGGGUUUAUAUGAAAUUGUGAUUAGUUCGCGUUUUUCCGGACACGUUCGUGCACCCUGGAGCGAGAUUGUUACGCCGGCCGUCGCAGCGUUUGACACCGAUGGAGCGAGAGCUUCGGUCACACAGCAGCGGAUCGCCGACACGGGCCGACCUCAAGAUAGUUUCGCGAGACGGUGCUGCUAAUGAAACUACCAAGUGCAUUCGUAAUUCCUUCGUAACUCGAUUUGCGGACUUCAACGAAUGGAGGGUGGCACGAUUACUGCUGCGCAUCUGUUUGCAAGGUGGCGAUGAACAGACUCGUGGGAACGGCGCGGACAUUUUCUGUGGAACUCGCCGAGAGGGAGAACACACAUACCACUUCAGGUGAUCACGCACUCGACGCGUCGCCGGCGUUCAUCCCCCUCCGCUCUCCCGGUACGUAGAUACGACCGUCCAGCAAAGUUGCUAAUUAGUUGCUCAUCGUUGUUGCCCGCGAGUGCGACGGUAAACUAGACGCCGCCGUAAUUAUAUGCAUGCCGGGCACUGUAAACUGUUUUACUUCGCGUGUCGUUAAUAUUCCAACCGACGUACCGACACGUUAGCCCCGACCAGUAAGUUGCCAAAUUACGCAGCCGAGUAGUUUGCAACAAAAUACGCACACUUCACCGGGGAAACACUAACCGGUGACGUCUGACGUUCAACUGUGAUUUCUGACACUUGACUGGAACUCGACUCCGUCUCUUCCGAAGGAAAGCUCAUUAAAUCCGAUCGUUGUCAUCGCGUUAAUUAAAUCUGAAUUUUGGAAACAUUCAGCUUCAACAUUUUACUUUCAGGCGCGUAUUGAGUCCUAGAGUUUUACAACGUGUUAACUUAGUAAAUUAUGUUCUACGUAGGAUGUAACUACUUUAUUCCGCACUGCUCUACUUCCUGCUGAUGAGCCGUGAUUAAAAAGUCGAGUGUCCUGAGUGGCGCCGAGUAACCGUAACGAAAUUUUAAUACACUACGCACAACUCGACAUUUUUCUCUUUCGCGCCACCUCGCUCUCGUCCGCGAGGAAGGGAGAUUACCGCCCCAGAGCGCGAAAAACCUGACGCGGCCUAACGAGGCGUGUCAUUUUAAUCAGCUCGCGCUGGUACACGCCGGUGACAGUCUGCGAUGGCACAAAGCACUUUAUUUCAUUUUUGUCACGCUCGGGACGAGGUACCGGGGCAAGAAGAACGAGAGACUAGGUGGAAACUUGAAGGUGAGAGCAAUUUCUGCUAGACACGAAAUUUAUAUAUUCACGAGGGGAACGUCGCGGGCGUCUGCGAGAAGGUGCCGCGAUCGAGGUCGGCGUAGCUUUGGGAACGCGAACGAAAUCCCUUUCGCCUUCCGUUUCGCGAGUUUUCUCUCGUACGCGCCGGUUUUUUUUUUUUUUGUUUCGCGGGAGAAGCGCGAGAACAGACAAAAUACCGGGGGAUACCCAGGUGCGGAAAUGCACGGACCGCCGCCGCCGCCGCCGCCACCGCACCGUUAUGGUUCCCUGUACCGUAUGAAUAAUAAUUCGCGCGUUCGCCGGAAGUGUAUCUCUGGAAGCACGCCGAGAUAACUGCGCCACAAAAGGGCUGUUCCCCGUCAACUCUUGAACGUGUGAAAAUUUUUGCGCGAUCGACGGGACCGACGACGCGCAUCGAUCGGCGACGCGACGCCGUAGUAGAAAUUAUGGAAUUUCCGGAAAAUUGAAUUCCGCGGUAUUAUCGGGGGUUUAACUAUUACGCAAGUAACGUAUCCGCGGCCAAUAUUUUCUGAACAAGCAUGGGAGCGUGACGGAUUGUCGAUGCGGUCCCCCCCUCUUCGGACCUUCACGGAUCCGAAAGCCAUGUUUGUACAUAAUAUAAGCAAGCGAGCGCCCCGCCGAACAAGUCGUUCAUGAAUCUUUCAGGAUUACGCUCGAUAAACUUUAUCACGGCCGCAGGGAAAAUUACGACGGUAAGUGUGGCCGACAGCUAUUUCGUGACUCGUUCCCGACAAAUUUCUCUUAACUCGCCGUGAUCGCCUCUUCGUCUUCGUCCGCCUGAGUGCAACCCCCCCCCCUCUCCCCCUACCUCGCGCGGUAUUUGAAUAAUGCGUGCUGAAUUUUCAACCCUGCCUUGAAAGCGCAGGGCGCGUUCAGGCGUUUCCGGCGAAGCCGGCUAUUUACAUGAACUUUAGUUCGAAAAUGAACGCAAGUGUUUAUACGAAGUACAAAUUCUACUCGUUCCGGGAGCGCAUUAUUUCUUAAAGUAGUAUAAAACGAGCACGAGUAAAUACCAUUAUUAUUUACAAUUCAAUUGUGAUUACGCGCGUAAGAUAUAAUUAUUAUUUUAAAGUUAUUUUACUGUAACGCUGAGCUAUUUAGAAAAAUAAUUCUUUUAAUUUUGAACACAGAUUGGUGAAUUAAUAGUGAAAGUGCAUUGUCUGUUAGCACAUACGUUUUAUGUUCGGGAUUAAAAAACGACCAUGUACGCGACCAGUAAAUCUGGACAAAUUAGAGCCGGUUGGUUAGGCAGUGCUGGAUGGCUCAAAAGAUUAUUCCAUGACGCUAAUGCCGGGAUUUGCCGGAGCUCGUCGGUUUCAGGGUAUAGAACCGUGUGUUAGAAUCGCGUGAUAAAAUUACGGGCCAACGGCCAACUGUAGAUUUCCGGUAGGAUAUUGGGCCGCAAAAAUAGUUUAUCUAAACAGGAAAUAACCAUAUGGUGAUUUGAUAGCGGAAUGAAUAUUUUAGCUUCUAUUUUGUCUCUUGUUUGCGAGUGAUGUAUAUUUAAUAAACAGACACAUAUGUUAUUACAUCAGAAAUUGCAAAUACGCCAAUUUAAUAUUUUACAUAAUUCCCUAAUGCGUAAUUGUUUACCGCAUUUGGAUUUCAGCGUUUGGUGCUCGAGCGUUUUACGCAUUUAUAAUGAAAUUUUUAAUUUACUUGAAAUAAAAACAAUCGUCCAAUUAGAACGUUUAAAUUAAUUGUUAUUAUGCAAAUUUUAGCAAUUGAUAACGAAAAAUUUAUAAUUUAUGUUAUGAUUAAUGCUGUAUUGAAAUUAGAAUACGAGUAAAUAUUUAAUGAAUACAAGUAUACAAGAAGUUUCCAUUUUAUUUUAAAAUUACACAAAGAUAUAAGAUUAAUUUGAACGUCGAGCACUUUCGUUCUCUUUCUACUUCUCACUAUCUCUUUUUGUAUAAAAUAUUUACUCUCUACCUACGUAUCUUAAAUGCAGCCAGUGGGAUUUACGUUAUACCGCAUUAACCCCUAAAAUUAACAGAACAUAAUGCAACGUGAAACAUCAUGCUACACCGCCAUACACACUUUCUUAAAGUAAAAACACCAGGAAAUGAUAAUCUCUUAGUUAUAUAUAAGUCGUCUGACGCAAAUGUUGCUUACUUAGCGUUCCCAGUUUACGUAGUGACGUCUUUACAUAAUUAUUUAUACUACGAGUACUCUUGAACGAAGAAAAAAGAAAA